CUGUGGUGCUGGCCGAGGGCGGGAAUCCCACCACCCCGAAAGAUCACACAGAUGAUAUGGAGUGACUGACUGAAUCACCUACUUCAGCGUGAAUUUUUCUUCCGGCUUAAUUAGGCCUUGCCGUGCCGGGUGGCUUUAAGAAGCCCCCGGAGCUGUGUGUCGUGGGCAGCGAUGGUCAGAAGCUGGCCCUGGAGCCGCCUUGGUACCAGCCCUCUGAAACUCUUCCGAGCCACUGGAUACGGGCAGAGGAGUCCCCUCCCCAGCCAUGUCUGGCACAGUGGAGCAGACUUGCGUCAGUGUCGCAGAGUAUUUCCACCUCAGCUCGGCACUUUCCAGAUCACUCAUGGCAACGGCACCACCAUUGGGACAGUAAUAGCAUUCCAGUGUCCCUCUGGGCACCAGCUGGUGGGACAAGGCAUCGUCACUUGCAUUUGGAAAGGAAACAGCACGCAGUGGACUGCAGGGACACCCACAUGCAAGCCUCUGUCCAAAUACGAGACCUUUGGUUUCAAAGUAGCUGUGAUCGCCUCCAUCGUCAGCUGUGCAAUCAUCUUGUUGAUGUCCAUGGCUUUUUUAACCUGCUGCCUCAUCAAGUGUGUUAAGAAAAGUGAGAGGAGACGAACUGAAAGGGAUAUGCAGUUGUGGUACCAGCUGAGAAGUGAAGAAUUGGAAAGCAUGCAAGCUGCUUAUUUUGGUUUUAAGGGCCAAAAUAAUAACAAUAAUAAACUGAGAACCAGAGCAACAUUUGAUGAAGAGAAUAUUGUGGCAUAUGUUAACCACAGCUUCUCCAGAAACCCUGAAGAAUGGACUCUUGAAAUCAAAAAUUCGACAGGUUGCAGCGAAAGUGAUUUGUGGACCGAGCUGAACAGAAACAGUAGAAUAUCUCUUAGACACUCCAUUCCAAGACCUAACAUUGCCAUACAUACAGUGAGUACAAAGCAUGUGGUGGAGGUCUAUGGACAUGACAAGGAAAUUCAGAAGAAACCUGAAUCUCACAUACCGGGAUAGAAGCAUUUGUUGGAUAAAAAUGAAACACUGACAUAAAUACCUGAUACAUGUGCCUUAAAACUACAUGAAAGGUGACCAUAUUAUUCAUUUAAAGUCGCAAGUUUUAAAUAUCUAUGUGGAUAUCCGUAAAUAUGCUUUCAGUUUAACCUAAAUAACAUAAUGCUGAUACACCAACUUAAGUAGUGAACAUGCUGAAAUUGUGUCCGUUGCAAAACCAUAUCAUGUUCCUGUACAGAUAUGAAAUGAUAGCAACUGUAGAUUUGCUUCUUUGAAAAUCACUAACAAAUAUAAAUGCAUUCACCUGCAGAAUUCUUUUAACCUGUGCUUCUUUUGUAAAUGUGUAAGAGUGGGAAAAGGAAAAAACACACACCAUAUUUUUGCACACUAGGAUGAGAAAAUUACAAUAAAUAUUUCCUUUUAAAGACUGUGAAUGGUACUUAUUGUGGAAUAUUCUUUGUUCUUCCUUUUAAUAUGUGGGAAGAUUUUAUGUGGGUUUUUUUUCUGGCUUCAAUUUUAUAUAGAAAAAGUUCCAUUUAGCUUCUUUCUUCCUAUGUGGAAUCCCAGAACUUUAGGGGAGAAGGGACCCCGAAAUAUCCUAAAGAGGUGAGAAUCUGUCGCAUUUUUAAAGACCUCUAAGGGAGGUGAUUCCUCAGUCCACCUCAAUAAAGUGCCCUACAGAGUGGACCCAUCUCCUGGCAUCCACAAAUUGAGAACAAGUGGUUUGAAGACUAAGAAAAAAAAGUGUGCGUGUGUGUGGGUGCCAGGGGGGUAGAAUAUUCACAAAAUAAUGUGUACAUUAUCUGUUUAAGUACAACUGGCAAAGCAGGAGCCAAGUCAGUCACCCACUUGAACAACUUAGAGCCAACUGAGGAGUGUCUGAGCUGGACUUGAAAGUGGCCUGGAAAUCAAGCCCUCCGAAAGCCGUGGGGAAUAACAAGAUGCGGCAGACAUACUUUCUCACCACAGAAGUUUUUGAUUCUAUCAUUCAUUAAUGCAAUCUGGUCCAUCAGGCUGUAGAAUUAUAACAAGAUUAAAAAAACCACGAUUGUCAAGGU